AUGUUGGAAGUGUGCUCCUACAGUGGCUUCAAAGUUUAUCCAGGUCACGGCAAACGAGCCGUCAGGGGCGAUGGAAGGGGGUUCUACUUCAUCAACUCGAAAUGCGAACGCUCCCAUUACCUGAAGCGAAAUCCCCGUGAGAUCAGCUGGACUGUGUUGUACAGAAGAAAAAACAAGAAGGGACUUUCCGAGGAAACGGCUAAGAAACGGACUAAGCGAAGCGGCAAGCAUACCCGUGCCAUCGCCGGUGCCAGUUUAGCCGAAAUUAUGGCUAAGCGUAAUCAGAAGCCAGAAGUUCGAAAGGCUAUGCGCGACCAACAGAAGCAGAAAGAGAUGGAAAAGAAAGUCAAGAAGAUGGAGCUGAAAAAGAAACAAGCACCUGCCCAACCCAAAGCAAAGAUUGCGAAAGUGGCACCCAAAUCUGCCCCUCGUGUCGGUGGGAAGCGGUAA